AUGCGGGUUGUCGCGACAUUCCAUCAGCCUUCUUCUGUUGUCCAGUCGCUCAAAUGUCGCCUGACAUCCGACGACAGCGUCGAGCAUCUCGUCGUCGCCAAGGUUAACAGGCUUGAGGUCUUCUCUCUCCAACCAGAAGGCAUUCGCCGCGAGUGUGUCCUCGAGAUAUGGGGUCGUGUGGUUGCGCUCCGAUCUGUGCCUGUAGAGGACUCAGGAAUCUCAAACAUCUUGGUUCUGACCGACCAUCCUGAGCCGAAGCUCAUUGUACUGAAAUAUGUCGCCGAUCCCGCGGGUGCGAGUCUGGUCACGACGGGUGACCUUUCCGUGCACGAUCGCUAUGGCCGCCAGUCGGAAUUCGUCACCGAUGUACUGGUGGACCCUACCGGACAGGUUGCCGUGAUCAGCUGCUAUGUUGGGAAGUUGAAAGUCGUCCAGUUCGACGACGGAGGAAUCUCCAACCAGUUCGAUGUAUCUGUUCCCGAGUUCUAUAUUCUUGCUUUGACUUUCUUGCACACCUCCCCAGGAACGUAUGCUAUUGGUAUCUUACACUACGACCACGAACAACGCCUGCAGCUUUUGUCGCGCGACCUCGACCUCGAGAACUUAGAGCUCUCUGCUGCACCAUCCACCAUUCUUCCGAUUACUGUGCUGUCCGCGUCCACAUUCCCGUCAAUGGAUACGCCUCCGCUACUGAUCCCUGUCCCUCCAUAUACCCAGGAGGGGACAGAAGAUGAUUUCGGCACCCAUCUCGGCGGCGUGCUGGUGGUCGGAGGGCGGAAGAUCAUAUUCUACGAACAUGCAUCGCAGGAAAGGCGAGACAUCAAGAGGGACAAGCAGCGCAGAUCUGCGAAACGGAAAGCCAGUGCGGUGCAGGCGGAGGCUCAGAAGGCCACCGAGAAGGACAAGGAAAGGGAAGGAAGGAAAUUGAAGCCCAAGAUUAGCGUUAAAUGGCCCUGGAGCGAAGUUACCGCCUGGUCUCCAAUUGAUGAAGAAGGGAGGAGGUUCCUCAUAGGAGACGCUUACGGUCGUCUGGCAAUGGUGGCGUUUGACGAUACGCCUGGUCUCAUUCUCGUACCUCUGGGAGAGACAUCUCCUGCAGUAUCUCUGACGUACCUGAGUUCGCAAGUCGUGUAUCUGGGUUCGCACUUCGGCGAAUCGCAGCUCCUACGCAUUCAUUCGUCCCCCUUCGCGAAUGCGGAUACCGAGACGCUUCCCAUUCCAUCGGGUAUUACAACUGUCUCAUCAUCAUCUCUAAUGUCAUCGAAGGGUAAGGAGAAGGCGUACCUAUGUAGGGACGAUGAGCGAGCAGUGAAAGGUGGAAGGGUCGUAUCUACUAAGGGCACUUUCGUUGAAGUGCUGGAGAACUUCCAGAAUAUUGCGCCUAUCAUGGAUGCUGUACUCGCAGAUCUGGAUGGGAGUGGACAGCCCCAGAUUGUCACCUGCUCGGGAGGACUUAGUACUGGCGCAAUCAAGGUCGUCAGAACAGGUGCUGACUUCCAGGAGCUCGGUAUCGUCAAGGACGUUCCGCACGUCACUAACUUGUGGCCUUUGCGUACACAAUUUGAAGCCACCUCAGACACACACAUAGUAGCAUCUACUCUGCGAGAAACAUACGUGUUCCGUCUUGAUGCGCACGAUGCCAUAAUCCGCCUGGAUCCGUCCGCCGAUGGUUUCGUUGGGACCUCGCCCACACUUGCUGUACGCAACAUCCCUCGACGAGUGACAACGACGAACACUGGCCGUUCGACUUCUUCUUAUGUCGAUUCCUCACUAGUCGUGCAGGUAACACCAGAGAAGGUGCACCUCGUAAAUUAUGACCAGGCACUAGGUUUGUUCUCAGUUGUCGGAACCGGAUGGGAUCCAAACAAUGCGCAUCCGGCCCAUAGGCAGCGGUCCAUUGUCGCUGCGGAUCUGAAUGCCAGCCAGUUCGUAGUAGGUCUGAGUGGUGGCAGAUUGGUCCUGCUUAACCUUGGUGAAAGUGAUCAGUUCCAAGAACUCAAGUAUCGAGACUUCACAGACGCUACCUACGGCAUUACCGAGAUUUCCGCAAUAUCCUGUGCGCCGUUUGAUCCUGCAAGGAAGUAUUCGUUGCAUAUCGCGGUAUCUUUCUGGGGCACGAACAAAAUAGCCAUCCUCUCUCUCGAGUCUUCCCAGACCUAUAUGACAACCAUCUGCGAGACCUCUACUCUCACAGCCCUUCCACGCUCUCUCUUGCUGUACAAUUUCGGCUCUGGACGUGGUCGGAAAGACGCAGAUUACCAUCCUCAUAUAGUUGCUGGAUUGUCCGAUGGCACAGUGAUGUCGUUCAGUCUGAAGGUCAAUGAACUGAAGGAUAGGAAAGUGUUUCCACUUGGGGCAGCACCUGUCUCAUUGUCGACUUGUGUGGUCGAUGGACGGAUGGCGGUCUUUGCCAGCGGCAGCAGAGCAUCCGUUCUUUUCUGGGAGCGACAGAGACUGCAUCAUUCGCCUGUCAUGCUCAAGGACGCUGUUAGAGGCACCAGUCUGAACUCCACGUUCUUCCCUUCUUGUGUUGUAUUGGCAACGUCAUCCUCGCUAUUGAUAGGAAACGUGAGGGGUGUCGACAAGAUGCAAAUAAGAUCUAUACCGUUAGGAGUAGAGAAUCCCCGUCGGAUCGCACACCACCCUUCUCUAAAGGUCUUUGGGGUAGCUUGCAACAGAACGAAUCCUCCGCGUAUCGGCGACUUUGAAGGUACCGUCAGCUGCUUCAAAAUUCUUGAUGAUGUCUCGUUCGAUCAGCUAAGUCAAUUCGUAUGUGAACUGGGCGAAGAGGUCACUGCUGUAUUAGCGCUCCCUAGGAGGGAGAAUCAGAGUUUCCCGUGCUUCUGUGUCGGCAUCGUGGAACUUGAGAUGGGGGAGCGAGAGCCAUCCAAAGGCCGAAUAGUUAUGUUCUCUCUGGGAUCGCGUGAUGGCGGCAUAUCGUCUGCCAACCCUGCUCUUCGUCUCAUUUCCAGUGAGCACACUCGUGGUUGUGUCUACCAGUUGGUCAGCGUGGAGGACAAGAUUGUUGCUGCCGUCAACACAUCAGUCGUCCUGUACAAGAUCGAUAAUACGGAUGGCUCUGCGAGUCUGAGGAAGUUAACGGAGUGGAACCAUAACUAUUUCGUGACCAGUUUGGUGGCGCAUGACACUACUCUUAUCGUUGGAGACGCAAUUAGUUCUGUGUCGAUCCUGAACGUUGUAGGCGAAGGUCUGCAAAGUAUCGCAAGAGACUACGGUCCCCUUUGGCCUGUCGCCGUAGAGGCUAUCGGCAAUAGUGGUGUCAUCGGAGCGAACAGCGAUUGCAACCUGUUCACGUUUUCCUUGCAACGCAACGGGAAUCGGUUCAUGUUGGAAAGAGAUGGCAGUUAUCACGUCGACGAUGUCAUCAACAAGUUCCUACCUGGUGGUCUGACUUCAGGAGAGUGGUCUGGAAAUCAAGUACUUAAGCCAGAGCAGCUGUUCUUCGCGUCGAGUGGUCGCAUCGGUGUCAUUCUCGAGUUAAGUGACGAGAUCUCCUUGCAUAUGACCGCCUUGCAGCGCAACAUGGCGACAGCCAUAAUUGGUCCAGGUGAAAUGCAUCAUACGAAAUGGAGAGCACCUGCCAACUUGAGAGGGGCUUCCGAUGCCGAAUCGUCCUUCGGCUUCCUCGAUGGUGAUUUCAUAGAACAAUUCCUCACCCACCCAAACCCUUCAGAACUCCUGGAGGGGAAGAUGGAAGCCGAGCGCAUCACCCUACCCCAACCUGAGAUCCGAGAUGUAUUGGAGAAACUACAAAGUCUACAUUGA